AUCGUAUCAUCGUAUAUAAAAUAAUCAACGGCUAAUUUAUAAUUAAUAUUAAAAUAAAUUUUCAGUUAGUAAUUAGUGGAUCCUGCAAAAUGAAGCUCGUUACAAUUAUUUUAUUUUGCGUCUUAGCCGGAAUACAGGGCCGUGUUGCAUCGGACAACGAUGAAGAAACCAGUUUGGAACUACCCUGGUUGGUACACCUUCGUAUCACACGCCUGACGCUCAGAGGACAUCUGGACUCUUGUGUUGGGGCUAUAUACAAUAACAGAUGGAUUAUUACUGCUGCUUCCUGCUUAUCUGAAUUGAACAUUGACGGCACUCUAAUAGAUUCACGUUAUAUAUGGAUCCGCUUCGACGCCUCAAAUGUCUUCAGACCUGGCUUCGUGACAGAAACCACAAAAUUUAAAAUCCACCCAGAGUACGACUACAAAACUGGAGCCAAUGACAUUGGUCUCAUUGACAUUGACAGGGAUAUUGAAUUCACAGACAAGAUCCAGCCUAUUGCGGUGGCAGCCCCUGAUGCUGAAGUACCUGAAACUGGCAUGGUUUGCGGCUACGGCGAGAAAGAAGGAGGAGGGCCUGGUGAAGAUCUCUUAUGCGUGGAUGUCACGCUUGCUGAAGAAGACGGUCUUUUAGUGGCACAGAGCAUUAACAAUGCUUCCAAGUACGACUUAGGAGCGGCUUUAUUGUCAGACGGCAAAGUACAUGGCAUUCUUGUACGCAUCGCUGAUGAAAACUCAGCAGGAGCCUUCCUUUCUACGUCUAAGUACGUAGCCUGGAUCGAAGAGGAGACAGCUAAGAAGGAACCUGAACCUGAGGAAGAAAAGAUUUCCAUUGUGGAUGGAGACGACGUUCUCAUUGCAGAGCCCAUUCCAACUGUUUAGUUUCAAUUAUGAUGUUUUAUACGAAUAAAAAUAAGAUUCAUAAUUAA